GGGACCCCCGCCACCUCCUGCACCGAGUGGUAGUCCUGAUCUUCAUGUGCUUCUUAGGAUUCGGAAGCUACUUCUGUUAUGACAACCCCGCUGCACUUCAAACUCAAGUCCUCCAGGAUCUGAGUCUCAACACUGCAAAGUUCAUGCAGCUGUAUGCCUGGUACUCGUGGCCCAAUGUGGUUCUCUGCUUCUUUGGGGGAUUCCUGAUUGACAGGGUUUUUGGCAUCAGGCUGGGAACCAUCAUUUUUUCCCUCUUCGUUUGUAUUGGACAAGUAAUAUUUGCCACUGGAGCUUUGGUGAAACGUUUUUGGCUGAUGGAAGUUGGACGUUUCGUAUUUGGUAUUGGAGGAGAGUCCUUGGCUGUGGCCCAGAACACCUACGCAGUCAACUGGUUCAAAGGAAAAGAGCUCAAUCUGGUGUUUGGCCUUCAGCUGAGCAUGGCUCGCCUGGGCAGCACAGUGAACAUGAACAUCAUGGGCGGGGUCUACAGCAAAGUCGCCGACCUCGUCGGCUCUUCUGGACACACGGCACUAGGCGCUUCGCUCAUGAUAGCUGCAAUAACCUGCCUGUUUUCACUGAUCUGUGCCUUGGUGUUGGGAUUCCUUGACAAAAGAGCAGAGAGGAUCCUCAACAAGGAACAGGGCAGAACAGGUGAGGUGAUCAAGCUGACGGAUGUGAAAGACUUUCCGUUUCCCCUGUGGCUCAUCUUCAUCAUUUGCGUGUGCUACUAUGUCGCCAUUUUCCCUUUUAUUGGACUGGGACAGGUGUUCUUCAUUGAGAAAUUCAACUUCUCCCCAGCUGAAGCCAGAGCUGUCAACAGUAUUGUGUACAUCAUCUCAGCCCCUGCGUCUCCACUUCUGGGCCUCAUGGUUGAUAAGACCGGGAAGAAUGUGAUUUGGGUAAUGAUUGCCGUGGUCUCCACCCUCGCUGCUCACAUGAUGCUGGCCUUCACCUUCUGGAACCCAUGGAUUGCCAUGUCCCUGCUGGGUGUCUCCUACUCCUUACUAGCGUGUGCACUGUGGCCCAUGGUGGCAUUUGUGGUACCUGAGCAUCAGCUGGGGACGGCCUAUGGCUUCAUGCAGUCGAUCCAGAACCUGGGACUUGCUCUUAUUGCCAUGGCAGCAGGAGCCAUCCUAGACAGCAAAGGAUACCUGUUUUUGGAAGUGUUUUUCUGCGUCUGCAUCUGCUUUGCACUGAUGGCAGUGGUGAUGCUGUACUUUGUGGAUUAUCUCAGAGGAGGAGAUUUGAACCGGUCAGCUGCAGCCAGAGCCAAACUCCAGAAAGAAGCCACUUCAGAUGCAGAGUGAUGAUGAUGAUGAUGAUGAGGGAACACACAUAGUCCUGGGUUUCGAGCCAGCAGGCCGCACUGUUCACCCCAGAGCUGUCAAUCAAACGCCAUGGGGCAGGACUGCGCUACUGACUCCGCCCAGUGCUGCCACCUGUGGCUCUUCCCAUUAAAACUGACUGUCUGGCCCCGGCUCUUACGUAACCUACCCUGUAUUAAUGGCCUUUUAUCUUCUUAUCGGGACACUGACAAACGACACAGUCUGGACUCCUCAGUUCCUCUGACCUCCCAUACUGACUUCAUCUCCACAAGUAUUCACUCUCCACUGACUCCUGUGUGUGUAUGUGUGUGUGUAUGAGUGUGUGAAACCUUCAGCAUGAAGUUUUGUCAGUUACUGAAGAGUUAAGAUGCUUCAAAAGUGUUUUAACUGUUUUAAAUGUUCAGCAAAGGAUAAGACUCUUAUCCUGUGGAAAGGUGCCUAUAAAUAGUAAUAUUGAUUUUAAUACAUUUUAAUGCAACCCACAAUAUAGAGCUCCUAUAUUAUUGAAAUUGUUUGCUUUGGGAUGCUUUUAAAUGGUUUUAUAUGUUGCUUUUUACAAAUUGUUUUCAGAAGGACUUUGUUACUCGCCUCAAUGCAGACAACUCAGCAGUUCAUUUAUGUACAUAUCACUUGUCAGCAUUCACAAUAAUUGUCAACUAAAAUCUUCCAUACUGGACUUUCUUCAGUGAGUCAAUAUUCAAUUUUAAUCAUGUGCAUCAUUGACCUUUUAUGGUGCAUAAUCUCAGAAAGAGCAUAGCUCUUUACUGUUUAAUUCUUUUUUGCUCAAGUUUUUUUUUUUUCUUAAUUUCUUUAUGUGCUCUUUGCUGGCCUCAGAGGUUCAUAAAGAUUUAUUUUCUGUUGCAUCAUCAAAUGGCACAUUACUAUAAUGAUAGGAAAGAAGAAAAAAAGAGAGAGACACGCUUUGGAAAGCAUUUAGCCGUGUAAUGAUAUUCACAGUUUCAACUUUUUGUACAAACUGUUUUGUAAGUGUGACCUUUUAAAGAAUCAGUUCACAUAAAAAUUGUGUUUUGUAGGCUGUGUUUUGCUCUUUUAUCAAACUCAGGUAAUUAACUUGAUGUAAGCACUGCCCCCAAAUUGUUGCUUGCAUCAUCUUCACAGUAAGACAAAAUACUCACGCACUCUGUUUAACUCUCACCAUUCCAGUAAUGCGGGAAGAGAUUCAUCUCCUGCAGUCUGUGUACUGAGAAAGACUCACUACCUCAGUUGGGCAAAUUAGAUGUUGAAUAACUAAAGGAAUGCCUACAAAGUGAUCAUCUGUAUAUCAAUCAUGUGCAGCACAGUGUUAUGUGGAAUUUGUGAAGAAAACUUUUUCUCUAAUGCCUCCACAUUCAAAAAAAAAGCAGCAAAAAUAUCAAUUUUUCCUCAA